CAAAAAACGACACGCACACGACGUGCACAGACGACCAAAAUCAAAACGAAGACGACCACGACGGCCAGAAAUAAGCAAAUUAUUUAGCUAACAAUCGUCGAAAGGGACACUAAGGAUUACCCAGCCGACGAUUGUUGGUUAAAUUUUGCUAACGGCAGCGCGAGAACUAUUUUCAAAUAAUAAAUAUAUAUCUUAAAUAAUAAUAAUAAUAAAUAAUCGAUCUGCAAAGUGAAUGAAAUAACGAACAAGUGCAAAAUUGGAAACCCACUGAAACUGUGACAAAAUUUUGCAUUUAAACGAGCGCAUAUAUAGCGGAUGCAUAUAUAUGCAGAAAUACGAGCAAAAGUGUUAAUUCUAAUUUUCCCUAAUUAUCCAUAAUUACGGAAAACUUGCAAGGAGAAUUUAUGACGUGGCUAAAGUGCUAACCAAGCUGGAAACUCGAGGAUAAUUUGUUGUGUUGAUUAUUAUGGGGCGGCUAACAAUUUGGUUCCUCCUGGGACUAACGUUAUUCGCCGUCUCCAAUCAUGUUGGGUUUGUUAACGCCGAUGUCGGACCAAGCGAAUCAGAAUGUCGACCCUACAUCGAAAAGGCCAUACAUGAAUUGAAAGAUGGUGUCAGAGAUGGAUCUGGAGAACUGCAAUCCGAUCAGCCACGUGGGGACGACGAUGAUGACGAUGAUGGUGGGCUAUCCGCUGUUGAAAAAGACACAAUUGAAAUUGAAACUGUCGAAUUGGAUUCCACAGAGGACGCGAAAAGUGCCAACGAUUUGGAUGGAGACGGCAUACCCGAUGACGAGGACGAUGACAUCGAUGGGGAUGGCAUACCGAACGACAAGGACGAUGAUAUCGAUGGAGAUGGCAUACCAAACGACGAGGAUGAGGACAUUGAUGGCGAUGGCAUCCCGAAUGAUGAGGACGAUGAUAUCGAUGGCGACGGUGUGCCCAACUCCAAGGACGAGGACAUCGACGGUGACGGUGUGCCCAACUCCAAGGACGAAGACAUCGAUGGCGAUGGCAAAGCAAAUCACGAGGACGAUGAUCUAGAUGGCGACGGCACCCCCAAUCAUGAGGACGAUGAUCUUGAUGGCGACGGUGUGCCCAAUGAGGAAGAUGAUGAUCUAGAUGGUGAUGGAAAAGCCAAUCACGAGGAUGAAGACCUCGAUGGUGAUGGAAUACAUAAUGACGAUGAUGAAGAUUUGGAUGGUGAUGGCAAAGCAAACCACGAGGACGAAGAUAUUGAUGGUGAUGGCGUGAAGAACGAAAAGGAUGAUGAUUUGGAUGGCGAUGGCACCAACAACUCCCAGGAUGAAGAUCUGGAUGGUGAUGGUGUGCCGAACGAAAAGGACGACGAUCUGGAUGGCGAUGGCAUCCUGAAUGAGCACGACGGCGACGUGGAUGGCGAUGGAGUUCCCAACGAACACGAUCACAAGGACAGUGGUGAAAAUGCCGAUACCGACGACGAUGGUGACGAGGAGGAGAAGGAGGUGAAGAAGCGCAGCAAACGCGAAGUGGAUGCUGCUCCCGUUUUGGACAUUCAAGCUCCUCCCAGUCCUGCCGAUGAGUUCCCCGUAGAGGAGGAAAUCGUCAAGGAGGAAUCCGCCGAAGAGGAAGCUGAGGUCGAGGCUGUGAAAGAACCCGAAGUGGAAGCUGUGCAGGAACCGGAAGUAGAGGAACCAGUCCAGCAGGAAGAGGAGAAGGCCGAGUCUGAGGAAGAAACGGAGGAGGAGAAGCCUGCUCCUGUCGAGGAAGCUGAGGAGGAGCCUGUCAAGCAGGAAGCUGCCCCUAAGGAACCUGAAGCCGUUCAGGAAGAUGCCGUGGAAUCUGAGGAAGCUCAGGAGGAACCCCAGGCAGAUGCUGCCAAGGAAGCCGCUGAUGAGGACGAUGAUGAUGAUGACGACACCAAGCCAGAGGACGAGCUUCUCUGGGAGGGAAUCAUUCCCGAGAACCGUCGUAGUCGCCAGCACAUCACCGAGCUCCUCCAACUCGACGAGGAGUUCAAUGCCCGUGAAAAGGCCACCGAUAAUGUGGCAGAGAUCAUCCUGCGGGACAUCAAGCGCAUCUAUGAGAAUGCUGUCAAGCCCCUGGAGACUCUGUACAAGUAUCGCGAUCUGAGCAACCGCCACUUCAGCGAUCCUGAGAUCUUCUCCAAGCCACUGAUCCUCUUCAUGGGUCCCUGGUCGGGUGGCAAGUCCUCCAUCUUGAACUAUUUGACCGACAACGAGUACACCCCCAACUCUUUGAGAACUGGUGCUGAGCCAUCUCCCGCCUAUUUCAACAUCCUGAUGUGGGGCAACGAGACCGAGGUCCUGGACGGCACCCAACUGGCGGCGGACUACACCUUCUCCGGCCUGCAGAAGUUCGGCCAGGGAUUGGAGGAGCGCCUGCGAGGCCUGAAGAUGAAGAGCAAGAUUCUCGAGAAGGUCAACAUCGUCGAGAUACCCGGCAUUCUUGAGGUGCGCAAGCAGGUUUCCCGCGUCUUCCCCUUCAACGAUGCCUGCCAGUGGUUCAUCGAUCGCGCGGACAUCAUCUUUCUGGUCUACGACCCGGCCAAGUUGGAUGUGGGUCCCGAGACGGAGGCGAUUCUCGACCAGCUGAAGGGGCGCGAGUACCAGACGCGCAUCAUCCUCAACAAGGCGGACACCGUCAAGCCGGAGGAGUUGCUGCGCGUCCAGGGCGCCCUCAUCUGGAACAUCUCGCCGCUGAUGUCCUCGGCCCAGCCACCCCUCAUGUACACCACCUCGCUGUGGACCCAUCCCUACCAGGAUGGCGCCCCAGCCCGUCUGCUGCUCGCCCAGGAACGCGCCUUCCUGCGUGAUUUGCGCACGGCCAUCGACAAGCGCAUCGAGCACAAGAUCGCCAGCGCCCGCCGAUUUGCGGUGCGCGUGCGUAACCACGCAAAGAUGGUGGACUGCUAUUUGAACACUUUCAACAACCACAAGACGCUGUUUGGCAACAAGAAGCGCAUUGCCGACGACAUCAUUGACCAUCCGCAGAACUACCACAUCUACGAGGGCCUCUCCACGCUGACGAACAUCUCGCGCUACGAUCUUCCGGAUCCGGAGGUCUACCGCGACUUCUUCCGCCUGAAUCCGCUGUACGAGUUCAAGAAGCUGAGGGACACCUGCACCUACUUCCGCGGCUGUCCGAUCACCAAACUGGACUUGGCCAUUGCCUACGAGCUGCCCGAGCUGGCCGGCAAGUACAAGAAGAUGUCCGAGUCGGCUUUGGCCAGCAUCGAGGCCCAGCAAAGGGAUGGAGCCCAGAAUCUGAACCAGAAUCAGAAUCCGGCCGAUCCCAAAAAGACGAGUUGAGGUGUUGGCUCCACCAGAGGAGAAAACCUGCCAUUUAGUUUGUUUUAGUGAGGGAUAGAGAGAAUGUGACAUCGGCACCGGUAACCGUCUAUAGAGAAUUAAUAUCGAGAAGGGAGAAAUGGAGAAACCCAUAAUAUCGGUAGAGAACAACAGCGCAAGACAUUAAACAAGGCCAUUGUUUAAAGAGGAAGGGAGAGAGAGGGACCUUAAGAGCGAGAGAGAGGCAAGAGCGAUUUGAAGUAGCAACGGUUGCUUAGAGGACUUUUGAUUUCAACCGCAUUGCAGGAGAUCUUUACUUUCAUUUAUUAUAAUACACUUAACCGAACUGAGAGCUUUAUGAGAGGGAAACUAAUGCAAUAUCGAGAGCAAAACACACAAUCACACACAGAAUAUUUACACAUAUUUCCGAGUAGAGAGGUAACAUGGAGUCUUUUCUAGGCGAGUAGAUAAGCACUUAACCCAUAACUGAGAGCAAUAACUAAUAGACGAAUUAUCGACGAUUUCUAACCCAUAACACAUGACCCACAAUUAAUCCGACCCCUCAUCGGCUAGCUACCCAUUAUAAUUCCCAAGGGCCCAGCUUAUUCUUUUCUUUCCUCGAAUAGUAGUGGACAACAGCGCAGUGUUUUGAUUUUGAGAUCUGAGAUUUGAGUUUUGAGCAAAUGGAAUUUCGUAAAGUUUUAAUUUUUGUUUUUUGGUUCCUGUCCCUGACGAUUUUUCGUAGUUGAUAAGACUUUUUUUGAUAAAGCAAACAGUGAAGACGAUAAUAUUGAAUUUAACCUAUUUAAUCAUGAAUGAAUUAGACGCAUGUGAGAUAAAUCAAACUUAUUAACGAGCGUGAGCAGCUCAAACACACAAAAUACAAACUCAAAUAAAUAAAAACAACGGAAAACCCCAAGCAAA